AUGAAACGUUUAUUAUCUGGUCAUAUGCUUGAAUUUUUGGAAGAUCGUAUUUACCUUAUGACUCUGGAUGAAAAGCCUAGUGGCGAAAUUCUAUCUCAAUUUCAUUUUUUUACAAUAGAUGAUUCCCUUGUUUACAAUCCAUUUCAUCAUGAUUUUGGGCCACUUAAUAUUGCACAUCUUUAUCGUUUUGCAUUGACAAUGCAUGAAAUGCUUUCCAAUCCUGUAAUUCGAGAAAAGCCACUUAUUUUGUAUUCAAAAAAUGAUAAUCGGAACAGAACAUGCGCAGCAUGUCUUAUAGCAUGUUAUAUGGUGCUUAUUCAAAAUUGGCCACCUCAUCUAGCUUUAGCGCCGUUGAUUGAAGCUGACCCGCCUUAUACGCCUUUUCGAGAUGCAGGAUAUGCACCUGCAGACUAUGGAAUUUCGAUUCAAGAUUGCGUUUAUGGCCUUUGGAAAGCAAAAGAAGCAGGUAUUUUGAAUAUUAAAAACCUUGAUUUAGAAGAAUAUGAAACAUAUGAAAGAGUAGAGUAUGGUGAUUUUAAUUGGAUUACGCCUCAUUUUAUUGCAUUUGCAAGCCCUGUACAACCAGGAUAUAUUGUUAAUGGCAAGCAAAAAAACGUAAUUACUCCCACUUUUAUGAGUAUUUUGAAGUAUUUCUCUAGUCAUCGAGUUGGUUUAGUUAUUCGAUUAAAUAAGCCUCUGUAUGAUAAACGACAGUUUGAAAAAUUAGGUGUAGAACAUGUUGAUAUGUUUUUUGAAGAUGGAACAUGUCCCGAUUUAGAAGUAGUACGCAAGUUUUGUGGUUUGGUUGAAGAAAUAUUGGAAAAGGAUCUUGUUGUAGCUGUGCAUUGUAAAGCUGGUCUUGGUCGUACUGGAUGCUUAAUAGGUGCUUAUCUUAUUUAUAAAUAUUCUUUCACUGCAAAUGAAGUGAUUGCAUAUAUGAGAGUUAUGAGACCAGGAAUGGUAGUAGGUCCACAACAGCAUUGGCUGCAUAUUAAUCAGCAUCAUUUUAAAACAUGGACAUUGAAAUCUCUUCCACGAUGGACAAAAGCAACUAAAUUUUCAACUCCACCAAGAAGUCCACUUGGUAAUAUUGAUAAAAAUAAUAGUGUGGAAAAUACAUCGCUUCCUGUGCCUACAUCUGGCCAGCCUCGCAAAAAUAUUAGCAGUCCGAGACGAAGCCGUGUGAUUAGUCUUGGAGGUAAUUUGCGUGAAGCUUUAAUAGAAGUCGCGGAGCAAAAGUCAGCCAAAAUAACCGAGGGUCUAUUGAAUAAAUAUAGAGAAGGUUAUCUAAUUGACUCUACUAAUCUUUUGGAACAUACGCAUAAAGAAAUUUUGAAGCAAAACAAUCCAUUUACAACAGCUUCUAAAAAGAUAGGAAAUCAUGGAGAAAGAAAGACGUCCAUCAAUGCGAAUAGCAAUUCAACGUUGAAUAUGAUGAGCAUUAGUAGUGGAAGAAUUGUCAAAAAUCGAUCUUCAAAAGGAAGAGUGUAA